AUGAAGGUCCAAGCACUAAGCCAAGAGCAUCUUCCCUCUGCGGCGACGCUUCUUGCAAAGAGCUCCCAGCAGUUCCGAGAUGCCGCUGGGACCUUGGCCGAAGACCGUCUCAAGCAGGCGCUUGCACGUUGUGAGAUCGUACGGGUGGCCAUUCGUGACAAGGAUACGGUGAUCGGGCUUGCCUUCCACGAUCCAUGCCGAGGGUGGGAGGUCCACUCUUCUGGCCCCGCCUCCGUGGCCGCAGCACUGGUGUCCUUUGGGUCUGAGCUGGAGGCUUCAGAGAAGGCGGCGUUUUGGGAGCAAGGUUACCUGAUCUUUGGGGGCCUGCUGGCAUGGGAGGCACCGACCAUCAGGACCCGGAUGGACCUGAUGAUGAAAGACGCGCAAACUGCAGCCACAGCGGACUGGAAUGCGGUGGAUGUGGGUGGGCCUGCUUUCGUCCUUGCCGUGGACACUGCUGGCAAGACGAUCCCCAACCGCAUCCUCAAGGUGCAGGCUGCCGCCCUCGGUUCCGGCGCGGUUCUGGAGGUGUUUCGCUCUCCCGCUGUGGUCGCAAAGGUCAAGGAGCUUUACAACUUCCUGGGGCAAGAGGUCCCGGAGCAUGUGGACGUCUUUGGAACCAAGUUUUUCCCCAUGUGGCCGGGCGGGGUAUCCGUGGACUGGCACCAAGACUGCCACUAUUUCGGCACAGCCUCAUCCAGGAUAAUCUCCUGUGGAGUCUACCUUGAGGAUACGGAUCAGGACAACGGCUGCCUCCAAGUUGUGCCUGGAUCCCACACCUUUGACUUCGAGCAUCAGCCUGGAAGUGGCCUGCACUCACAGGGCGAAUGGGUGAACCCAGAUGCUUCAACAAAUGCCGUGGAUGUCGUGGUUCCUGCCGGAUCGGUGGUGCUCUUCAACUCCCGCUUGCUCCAUGCAGCAAGGCAGAACAAGCACGCCAGCCGCACCCGCUAUUCUCUGUUUGGGCAUUUCGUCCCCUCGGAGUUGGACUUCAGCUGGCGUGGCACAGAUUUCUCACAUGGCACGUAUCAGGAUAGACAUCAGGUCUACUGA